AUGAUUGAAACAAGUUGCAGUAAUACUGCCCAUCCUGCACACAGGUCAGUGGCUAACGACCGCUACCUCCUGUGGAAGCUAGGCAUCACCCACGUAGUGAACGCUGCACACGGAAGGAAAUACUGCGAGGGCAGCCACCAGUUCUACGGAUCCUCGGUGGAAUAUUACGGCGUGCCCGCUGACGAUUCGCCGUCCUUUGACCUGUCACCCUACUUCCUCCCGUGCUCGAAGUAUAUCGACAGCGCUCUCAACAAAACCGGCGCUAGCGUGUUGGUUCACUGUGUGGUGGGUGUGAGCCGCUCCGCGUCACUAGUGCUGGCGUUCUUGAUGAUUUGUCACGGCCUCACCCUGCUGGACGCCAUCCACAAAGUCAAAGAACGCCGCUGGAUCUUCCCCAAGGCUGGCUUCCUCAAACAGCUCCGAAUUUUGGACCAAAAACUCGCACGGGAACCUCAACUACGGCAGUUGCCGUAA